ACGUUUUCCUUGCAGGACCUACUUUAAAUUCCAGGAAGUGUCUGUCGUCAACAUGUAGUCGUCCGGGAUUCUGACGGCUUUUAUUUUUACUUUGGAGGCCUGAAGGCAGACGUUAACAGAUUUUAUCAUGGAGGGAACUUCCAAAAGUGACGCUGCCAGUCAGCCGUCCGUCGCCGCUCAGGUUCCUUUUAUUCACUUGUGCACCACUUUAGAGAAAAUCCAGAAGGCUAAACUCCGUCCAGAUAAAUCCAAGAUCCUUCGAGAUUUUAUUGAGUCGUGGCGGAAUUUUCACUCAGCCCUCCACAAAGGAAACCCCAAAACUACAGACUCCUUCUAUCCUUCUAUGCGUCUCAUAGUUCCCUCUUUUGAACGAGAGCGAAUGGCGUAUGGCAUCAAAGAGAGCAUGCUGGCUAAACUCUACAUCGACGUAUUGGGUCUCCCUAAGAGUGGCCCAGAGGCCAAUAAACUACUGAACUACCGAGCACCGACCACAUCCCAGGGAGAAGCUGGAGACUUUGCCGGCAUGGCGUACUUUGUGCUAAAGAAACGAUGCACCAGCCAAGGAAACCUAAGCAUCAAGGAGGUCAAUGACUUCCUGGACUCAGUGGCUAUAAACAACGCUGGCAAGAAGAAGGAUCUUGUGAAGAAGAGUCUGCUGCACCUCAUCACCCAGAGUACAGCUCUAGAGCAGAAGUGGCUCAUUAGAAUGAUCCUGAAGGACAUGAAGCUCGGGAUCAGUAAGGAAACCGUGCUCCAAGUCUUCCACCACGACGCUGCUGAGCUCUACAAUGUCAACACCGACCUGAACAAGGUGUGCCUGCAGCUCCACAAUCCCUCUGUGUCCUUAAGUGACGUCUCCAUCGGGCUUUUCUCUGCCUUCAAGCCGAUGUUGGCAGCCAUAGCCAACAUCCGCAAUGUGGAGAAGCAGAUGGGCAACAGUCCUUUUUUCAUCGAGACCAAACUGGACGGGGAGCGGAUUCAGCUGCACAAGGACGGAGAUGUGUACAAGUACUUCAGCCGAAAUGCUUUUGAGUACACGCAGCAGUUUGGAGGAUCUCCACUGGAGGGAUCGCUGACGCCUUAUAUUCACAACGUCUUUAAAAGCCAUGUCGUCAACUGUAUCCUGGACGGUGAGAUGAUGGCGUACAACCCGACAGCGGAGACCUUCAUGCAGAAAGGGAGCAAAUUCGACAUCAAGAGGCUGAUGGACGACUCCGAGUUACAGACGUGCUUCUGUGUGUUCGACGUGCUGUUGAUCAACGACCAGAAACUUGGAAAGGAAACGCUGAAGAAACGCUACGAGACCCUUCAGACAGUUUUCACGCCAGUCAAAGGACGGAUCCACCUGGUGCCAAAGACGGAAGCCAGAACCAUGCAGGAGGUGGUGAACGCUCUUAAUGAUGCUAUCGACAGCAGAGAGGAGGGCAUCAUGGUUAAGGAUCCUUCAUCCAUCUACAAGCCUGACAAACGAGGGGAAGGAUGGCUGAAAAUAAAGCCAGAAUAUGUGGAUGGCUUGAUGGAUGAGCUUGACCUGCUGAUUGUUGGUGGCUACUGGGGCAAAGGGAGGCGUGGAGGCAUGAUGUCACAUUUCUUAUGUGCUGUUGCUGAAGCUCCGAAGCCCAGUGAGAAACCUUCAGUUUUCCACACCCUCUGUCGCAUUGGCUCCGGCUACACCAUGAAAGAACUCUACGACCUUGGUUUAAAGCUCGCCAAGCACUGGAAGGUCUACCGGAAGAACGACCCUCCAGCAUCCAUCUUGUGCGGAACAGAGAAACCUGAAGUCUACAUCGAACCCUGCAACUCUGUCAUCAUCCAGGUUAAAGCUGCAGAGAUAGUCGGAAGUGACAUGUACAAAACCAACUGCACCCUGCGCUUCCCCCGGAUCGAGAAGAUCCGAGACGACAAGGAGUGGCACCAGUGCAUGACUCUAGCUGAGCUGGAUCAGUUCCGCAGCAAGGCAUCGGGGAAACUCGCCUCGCGGCACCUUCGCAUUGACAACGACGAACCACAGAAGAAGAAACGCAAGAUGCCGGCCAAACCCAAGAAGGUUCCCGGGAUCAUCGACCACUUCAAACCUCAGGACCUCUCCGGGGUCAGCAAGGAGACGGACAUGUUUGAGGACGUGGAGUUCUGCAUCCUGAACGGCACCGAGGAUCACCCUAAAUCUGAGCUGGAAAAGGGCGUGGCCAGGUGCGGAGGUAUCGUGGUUCAGAACCCGGGCCGGGACACCUACUGCGUGAUCGCUGGCGUGGAGAACAUGCGUGUGAAGAACCUGAUUUCAUCCAACCAGCAUGACAUAGUUUGGGCCGCCUGGCUGCUGGAGUGUCUGGACCAGAAGGAAGUGGUUCCAUGGCAACCACGCCACAUGAUCCACAUGUCGCCCUCCACCAGGGAGCACUUCGCCAAGGAGUACGACGGCUUCGGCGACAGCUUCUUCGUGGACACGGACGAGCAGCAGCUGCGGGAGGUGUUCGACCGGAUCAGCAGCGCGGACGCUUCGGUGAACGUCGGACAGGUGGAGGAACGUUACAGCUGGAGCGAUCUACCCAGCAGCAUGUUCAGACCCUUCACCGCUUACAUGGACAGCUACGCCAACAUAGGAGACCCUAAAAGCGCCAUAGCUGCCUCCUGUCUGGAUAUCAGGGCGCUGGAGUUCCGCUACCACGGAGGGACGGUGGUGAAAAAGCUGGAGGAAGGAGUUUCACAUGUCGUCAUCACUGAGGAAACCAGACUUCUGGAUUUACGGACUCUGAGGCGCUGCUUCAGGAAGAAGUUUAAGAUAGUAAGAGACACGUGGGUGACGGAAUCCAUCGAAGCAGGUUAUCUGAUGAAUGACAGCGACUACUUGGUUUGAAGAGUCUACUGAUUUUAAGUCAACACUGGAGGAAAAAAAAAUCUCCUUUAGCAUUUUAAUUAAGUCCAAAUAACAUUAGCAAUACACUAUUUAAUAAAAGUUGUAGUAUAAAAUGCCAGACAAUUUUACCUCUUCACACAGUCCUCACUGAGUUUUAUCUUUGGUGUUCUUAAUAAGUGCUGGUUUUUCAUGGUCUGCUCUAAAAAUCAGAAAAGCAAUUAUUGGAUUUUCAAUUUUGAAAGUAUCCUAAUAGUUUUUUUUCUCAAUUUUCCCCUUUCAAGCUUUUAUCUGUGUAGUUAUUGAAACAUUUUUGGAAUAAAAAGAAGAUUUUCUGCUUAAGGGAAAAUGAAAGGUUUAAUUCAAGCAACUCUGAGAAUAAUUUCAGUGAAUAAUCUGCAUUAGUGGGCAGCAAUACUUCACCAUAAUAAUCCCUCCAUUGUAAAGGCUGCUCCAGUUAUUUAGCAUUGCACUGCGUGAAGGUUGGAGGACUUAUUAGAAACAGAUUUAGAAAAUAUAGCUAACAAUGAAAGAUACAGAAAUGUCUUUACCUAUCAGACGGUAAGUUAAGUUAACUCUUCUUGUUGGAACUAAAUCAGAAUUUUCAAGCUUAAAUGAACCUUGGUUUGUUUAAGCUUAAGCUAGUCAUGAUUUUUUUGAAAAAGCUUAAAUUAGCCCUGAUCUAUAGGAUUAAGUUCCCUUUUGUAAAGCUUAAGCUAACUCUGAUUUUGAGCUUCAGUUAACUCUGAUUUUGAGCUUUAGUUAAGUCAGAUUUAAAGCUUAGGUUAACUCUGAUUUUGAGCUUAAAGUAACUCUAAUUUUGAGCUUAGGCUAACUCUAAUUUUGAGCUUUGGUUAACUAUGAUUUUGAUCUUAAGUUAACUCUGAUUUUGAGCUUCAGUUAACUCUGAUUUUGAGCUUUAGGCUAACUCUAAUUUUGAGCUUAAGUUAACUCUAAUUUUUGAGCUUUGGUUAAUUCUAAUUUUGAGCUUAAAGUAACUCUAAUUUUGAGCUUAGGUUAACUCUAAUUUUGAGCUUAGGUUAACUCUAAUUUUGAGCUUAGGUUAAUUCUAAUUUUGAGCUUAGGCUCACUCUAAUUUUGAGCUUAGGUUAACUCUGAUUUUGAUCUUAAGUUAACUCUGAUUUUGAUCUUAAGUUAACUAUGAUUUUGAUCUUAAAUUAACUCUGAUUUUGAGCUUAAGUUAACUAUGAUUUUGAUCUUAAAUUAACUCUGAUUUUGAGCUUAAGUUAACUAUGAUUUUGAUCUUAAGUUAACUCUGAUUUUGAUCUUAAGUUAACUAUGAUUUUGAUCUUAAGUUAACUCUGAUUUUGAUCUUAAGUUAACUAUGAUUUUGAGCUUUAGGUUAACUCUGAUUUUUAAACUUCAGAUAGCUCUGACUUUUAAGCUCAAAUUAUGUUUUUUAAGCUUAAGUUGUUUCUGAUUAUUGAACUUGAGUUAUCCCUCAUUUUUUCUCUAAAUUUGGAGCGUUCCCUUCAAAGCAAUAAAAGACAUCACAUGAUUGUUGUUUGUUAUGAGUGAAAUGAACAUAAAACCAUUUUGAUAUGAAAAAGAACCAAGAAAAUGUGUCUUAAACUGUUUUGUGCCUUUAUGCUUCCAUGUCAUUACAUAUUAAGUACAACUCUAAUAAAAAUCUUGAAGUGG